AUGGAUGGAGGUGCGGCAGCAAUUGAAGUUCUUGUUCAGAACCUGAUAAACGUUUUGAAGGAAGAGUACUCUCUACUUCGAGGUCUCGAUGAAGAUGCCCAACAACUGCAGAUGACUUUGGGGAUGAUUCAAGCCUACUUGAAUGAUGCUGAGAAGAAAUCCAUCACUGAAGAUGCUGUCAAAUUCUGGUUGAGGAAGCUCGAGGCUGUGGCUUUCGAUGCUGAUAAUGCCUUGGACGAACUAAGCUAUCAUCUUCUCCACAAAAAAGUGAAGAAAAUGAAGACAGCCAAUGCCAAGGAUAAGGUACUAUCAUGCUUCUCAUCAUUUAAUAACAUUUCACACCAGCGAAAUAUGGCUCAUACAAUAAAAAAAAUCAAUGCGGAUUUUGAGUCUAUGAACAAAAGGGCAACAGAUCUUGGCCUUCAAAGCAUGAUUGUGAAUGCACCUGUUGCUGCUCAUGCUUCCUCUGAGAGUGAUUCGUUCAGUCUUGAUCCGAUCUUUAUUGGAAGAGAUGACGAUCUGCCUAAACUAGUUCAGGUGUUUACCCAGCCCAGCCCAGUGGAACGCAUCUUCUCCAUUGUUGCACUAGUGGGAAUGGGGGGUUUGGGGAGGACUACGUUGACUAGGAAAGUCUUUAAUGAUGAAAGGAGUAGGGAAGUUAUUCUGAAAAAGCUACAAGAAGUUCUAAAGUCAAAAACAUAUCUUCUUGUUCUUGAUGAUGUAUGGAAUGACGAUGUUUCAAAGUGGGAAGACUUCAUUAAUUCCAUGUUAGGAGUUACUUCAACUAAAGAAAAUGGCAUUAUCAUCACUACAAGGAACAAAAGGGUUGCUUCAAUUGUUAAUCCACUUGAAAUCCAUCUUUUAUGUGGGUUAUCAGAAGAUGAUUGUUGGUCCAUAAUCAAAACAAAAGCUUUUGAUGCAAAUGGAGAAGUUCCAUCAGGAGUUGAGAUAAUUGGAAGAAAGAUUGCUAAAAGAUGUCAAGGUCUACCCUUAGCUGCCAAUGUAGUUGGAGGUGUGCUUCGUUGUAAGUCUGAAGAAGAAUGGCACUUCAUUAGUGAAAAUUGGCUUUCAGAUAGUGAGGGAGGUGAAAAUAUCUCAAAAGUAUUGAAAUUGAGCUUUGAUCACCUGUCUUCACCGUCGCUUAAGAAGUGCUUCACGUUUUGUUCGAUUUUCCCCAAAGGUCGACGGAUUAUGAAACGGGAGCUGAUUGAACUAUGGAUGGCAGAAGGGUUUCUUCAAGCAAGUCGCAGAGAUGAUAUGGAGUCUGUGGGAAACAUGUUCUUUACUGUACUUCUACGUAGUUCUUUGUUGCAAGUUGCAGAGAGAAGUGAUAAUGUAAAUGGGGAAUGCUAUUUGAUGCACGAUCUUGUGCAUGAUCUCGCAUCUUCUGUUUUAUCUAAUAAUGCAGAUGUUAGCACCCCAGUUCGAUACAUGUUUCUCGAAGAAGAAUCAAAUCCUAUUCUGGAAAAAGUGGCAACGUAUUUGCGUACAUUAUUCCUGGAAGGUGGUAUUGUCAGUACCAUUUUAGUGCUCUCAAAUUUCCGAUGUUUGCAUAAUCUGACUCUCAGUGGCAACAAUUAUAGUGAGUUUCCCAAUUCGGUUAGAAAGUUGAUACAUUUGAGAAAUCUGAAUAUUUCUAACACUAGAAUUGGAAAUUUGCCAGAGUGGAUUGAUGAACUUCAUCACUUGCAAACAUUAGGUGCAUAUAUAUGGCAUUUGAAGAAGCUGCCAAGUUCGAUCAAGUACUUGAUUAACUUAAGGCAUCUUCACAUUUACUCUGUUACAAAGUUGCCUACAGAAAUUGGGAGAUUAACUAAUCUCCAAACACUACGGUACUUUACGGUAGGCAAAGAGAAAGGCUACCAAAUUGAAGAGCUCGGAAAUUUGAAUAAUCUCAAAGGAAAACUAUUGAUUUGUCAUCUUGAAAAGGUACAUGACAAGGAAGAGGCUCUGAAGGCAAAUAUAUCGGAGAAGCCAAAUUUAUUUGAUUUGGUGUUUGAAUGGAAUGAUGGUAGAGAAGAUGAAAGAAAUGAUGAGAGUGUGUUAGAAGGCCUCCAACCUCAUGCAAAUCUAAAGAAGCUAUGGAUUAAUGGAUUUCAAGGCAAAAGAUUUCCAACAUGGACCAAGAAGAUGGCAGUACAGGAUGGGCUUCAAGGCUAUUGGGUACCACUUGACAACUUGAUUGAGAUAACACUUUGGAAGUGUUCGGAAUGUGAGGAAAUCCCGAUGCUAGAGCACUUGCCUAAUCUCAAAUCUCUUAGUUUGCGGGGAUUGAAGAAGGUGAGGUUUAUAAAUACAUCAUUUCACAAUUUAAAGGCUCUCACUAUAGAAGAAUUCGAUGGAUUGGAAUUUUUGCCAGAAUGGUUAUUCAACAACAAUCAGACUCUUUCAAAGUUAUGGAUUAUUGAGUGCCCUGUGUUGAGAGAAUUACCAGAUGGUGUGAACGCCCUCAAUUCCCUGGACGAGUUGAUUAUAAGGGAUUGUCCAAAUCUGAAGUCGAUUGGGAAUCCAAGUGGCGAAGCACGGGAAUCACAUGGAAUCCUCCGAUCACUGUGGAUUACAGAGUGUGGGGAGCUGAUGGAAUUGCCAAGUCAAAUGUUGGACUCAUGGGCGCCUACAAUUGAGGAUCUCCAGUUGAAGGGAUUAAGGAGGCUAAAGAAUCUACCGAUGCUAAUUGAUUGCCUUGCUAAAUCAUCUCAUCUUAGGAGAUUGACAAUUCUUGAUGUUCCUAAUUUCAUGGCUACCGGUGGAGUUGAGGGUUGGGACUUAGGCAGCUUGGAGAAAUUAAAGAUAGAUGUAAGUGUGGAGUGGUCAAGUGAGAAUAAUGGUGUCACUAAAGACACUGUGGAUGGAAUCUUGCAAGGAUGCUGCAACUCACUUUCUGAGUUGCAUUUGGGAGGGGUGGCAAAUUGGGAGUGUCUGCCCCGAUCGAUUCAAUAUCUCACUGCUCUUUCGCAGUUAACGUUGUUGAAUUUCGGGAUAGAAGAAUUGCCUCAAUGGUUUGAGAACCUCUCAUCUCUUUGGGAGUUGCGUCUACUUGGUUGCAACAAGUUGAGAUGUCUGCCUUCUGCCGAUGCCUUGAAGCGCCUCACUCGAUUAGAAUCUUUACAGAUUAAAGAUUGUCCGGAACUAAGUAUUGAUUCGGGGUGGCGCAACCAUCGCCGUCUCAAUAUUGAUGUUGAUGGCCAGUCUGUUUAA